UUUCGUAUAUUAAAAACGUUAUUCUUAUGGAGAAAACAGUUUCUUUUUCCUUUAAAAUUAAAAAAUAAAUAAAUUAUACAGUUAUUUAUUUAUAUCGUCACGAAAUGGCUUUUGAAGUGCAUAAAUAGCCAUUCAAAGCAACAAAAAGCAGAUAGAAACAAAACAAAACACAGGCUACAAGAAAGCAAAUAGGAGGGGUUGUGUUUGUUCGGUUUCUUGAAUCUUUGAUUCAUUCAUAAUCCUACACUAAUCUCUAUUCAUUUAUCUUAAUUAAUAUUUUUCAACGUGUUUUUAAAUCCUAAUUUAUAGCCUAAUCCUUUUCCGUGGCUCUUUUCAACCCUCAUGAGUUAUUACUCUCUUAAUAACUCACAAUUAUAGAGAAAAGAGUCUUCUAGAGAGAGAGAGAGAGAGGAGAGAGAGAAAUCAAAGAGGUUGUGUUUGGGAAUGGUGAUAAUAAACCAAGAGAGGAAGAAAGAAUUCAAAGUAAUGCGAUUGGGGAAAUACGAAUUGGGUAAAACACUUGGUGAAGGAAAUUUCGGAAAAGUCAAGUUAGCAAGAAACACUGAUUCGGGACACUUUUUUGCUGUUAAGAUUCUCGAAAAGAAUAAGAUUGUUGAUCUCAACAACACUGACCAGAUAAAAAGGGAGAUAUCAACGUUGAAGCUUUUGAAACAUCCCAACGUUGUUCGGUUGUACGAGGUGUUGGCAAGCAAAACCAAAAUUUAUAUGGUACUUGAGUAUGUGAAUGGAGGAGAGUUAUUUGACAAAAUUGCGUCAAAAGGUAAACUAACCGAAGCUCAUGGUAGGAAGUUGUUCCAACAAUUGAUUGAUGGUGUGAGCUGCUGCCACAAUAAAGGUGUCUUCCAUAGAGAUCUUAAGUUAGAGAAUGUACUUGUGGAUGCCAAAGGGAACAUAAAGAUAACUGAUUUUAACCUCAGUGCUCUGCCGCAACAUUGUAGGGCAGAUGGGUUGCUACAUACAACUUGUGGAAGUCCAAAUUAUGUUGCUCCCGAGAUUCUUGCGAAUAGAGGCUACGACGGAGCGAAAUCGGAUAUUUGGUCAUGCGGUGUUAUCUUAUACGUAAUUCUAACAGGAUACCUUCCUUUCGACGACAGAAAUCUCGCGGUUCUAUAUCAAAAGAUUUUCAAAGGAGACGUUCAAAUACCGAUAUGGUUGUCGCCCGGCGCUCGAAACAUCAUAAAGAGAAUUCUUGAUCCCAAUCCCGAAACCAGAAUAACAAUGUCUAUGAUCAAAGAAGAUGAAUGGUUUAAACAGGGUUAUAGUCCUGCAAACCGAGACGACGAGGAAGAUGAUGUAUACAUCGGCGAUGAAGCCUUUCCCAUCCAAGAAGUGUCCAGUGAAGCAGACCUGGCUAGUCCAAAAUCGCCGAAGCUUAUCAAUGCAUUUCAGUUGAUAGGGAUGUCUUCGUGUUUAGACCUCUCUGGCUUUUUCGAGAAAGAGGAUGUCUCGGAGAGAAAGAUAAGGUUUACAUCAAACCAUUCACCCAAAGAUUUGACGGAGAAGAUUGAGGACAUUGUAAUAGAAAUGGGUUUUAGUGUUCAGAAAAAAAAUGGAAAAUUGAAAGUUAUACACGAGAAUAAAGCACAUAAAAGUCUAGGAAGCCUCUCGGUUGCGGCAGAGGUUUUUGAAAUAGGUCCGUCAUUGUAUGUAGUCGAACUACGGAAAUCUUAUGGAGAUGCAACCGUAUAUAGACAAUUAUGCAAGAAGUUAUCAAAUGACUUGGGUAUAGCCAAGGCAGCACAGCUUGUGAGCUCGGAAAUGAUAAGCGUGUAUGAAGAAAAUAAGUUAGAAACCAGAUAAUGUAAAUUUUUCCUUUUUGUUUUCUGGUGGGUUAGUUACGGUAGAUGUCAUGGAUUUGAAUUCAGAGCUUUGAUUAGUCUCUGCAGUUAUAUAUUCAUAUUCAUGCAUUCUUAUUCAUAUGUAUAUUCUAUAAUGAACACUAUAUAUAUUAUAUGUUAGAUAAGGAAUUUUGAAUUUGCAAUUUCUUUUAAUGGUUA